CGGCGAACCGAGCGGAAGCAUCCCUCGCCCAGCACCGUAGGCGCCCUAGGCACCAAAACCUCGCGAAGCAACCGGCCGCCGGCGCCGCCGUCCAAGCAAGAGGACGAGGACCGGAGGAGGAGUGGAGCAAAGAUGUCGUUCCGGGCGCGGGAGAUGUACAAGAAGGUGGUGCGGCGCGUGGGCGGCGACGGGAAGCUGCCGGCGGAGCUGAUGAAGUCGGUGAAGGACAUGCUCCCCGACAGCAAGGUCGUCAUGGGCCGGGCCAAGCGCGGCAUCUUCGCCGGCCGCCACAUCCAGUUCGGGAACAAGGUCUCCGAGGACGGCGGCAACAAAUCAAGGCGAUCAUGGAAGCCAAAUGUUCAGGAGAAGCGUCUCUUCAGCUAUAUUCAUGACCGUCACAUUAGAGUUAAGGUUACCACACAUGCACUUCGGUGCAUUGACAAAGCUGGUGGUAUAGAUGAAUACCUCCUGAAGACACCUUACAACAAAAUGGAUACUGAGAUGGGGAUAGUGUGGAAAGCAAAGAUUGAAAAGAUGUAUUCAGAGCUGGCUGAAAUGGAAGUAGGCUUCUUCCCUCCUGAGGAAGAGGCAAAAAUUGAACAGGGCUUUGAUGAGGUCCGUGCUGCCAAGAGAGACUUCCGUAGGGAAGCAAGAAGAGCUUUGGCAAAGCAAAGACAGUUAGAAGCAGGUAAAGACCAAACAACUGAAGUCACAGACAAAAAGGAAGAGGUAUCUGCUACUGCUGCUGCAGUUUGAACCUGAACCUUUGUACCUGUCUUGAAUGAUAAAUGGAGGCAGCAAAACAUUGGUUGUUCCUGGGCAAAUAAUGGAGGGCUUACUCUUGAUAUAAACUGGGCAAAAUUUCUUGUGUGGUAACUAUACCCCUUUUUUGGGAGCAGCAGCGUAUGUUAAGCCAACCUCUCUUCUAUAUCAACAUCUUAGUGUUGUAAGAACUCCUAUUUUGGUGGAAAUUUUGUACAACCAUUGAAUACUCAAGACUCAAGAGUCUGAAUUGAGGUAGUUUAUCAUGUAGAAUUUCUCUAUUUACUGCAGCUGCCACACCAACUGAAUUGUUAAAAUAAUAGCGAUUAACAUCCUAGCUCAUUUCUGUUA